UUUUGUUUAUUAUUUCAAUUUCGGGCCGGUUAAAGUCCAGUCUUUUUUUAUUCAUUGACUUCCUCUCUUGUAAUUGUCCUCCACUGUGUUAGUCUUCUUUCAUUAUUUUUUUUCUUCAUAAGGGACAUGAAUUGCUAGAUUCUUUCUUUUUGUUUUGAUUAUUUUUUCACUAUUUGGUCCGUGAAAGGCCAGUCCUUUUUUGACUUUGAAGGGCUCGUAAAAUUUUCUAUGGUUACGCGUUCUUUCGCAGCUCUUUCCUUCUGCAUUAUUUAUUUCUGGGUGGUAAAAGUUGAGCCUUCAUAAUAAACUGGGUCGGCAUGACUCCUCACUUUCCAAAAGUUUAGGUUGCUAAGGGAAGAGAAAAGAAGACAUGGAGAGCGUUGCAUCUGAAACUGUAGACAGUACUUCAAUCGUCAAUGAUACAAGCAGCUCCCAAAAAGAAGCAGAAAUUAACGCGACUUAUUCCUGGAGCCACAGCCCUGAAAGAGAUCACGCCGCCCCAACUAUUCAAGAAUCCUAUAAAGGUUUUCGGGCCAGACGAAUCCUAGCAGUCAGUAAAGCUGCCGCAAUUAGGAUUCAAAAACACUACAGAGGUUUUCGGACCAGACGAAUCCUAGCAGACAGUAUAAUUGCGGCUGAGUUACUAUGGCAAACGACCCAGUCUGAUAUCCAAAAAAUGGGUCCAGUUCCAUCCGUAAACAUCGAGAGUGGAAAACAUAUCGUGUCACUCUUGAAAUGGGCAGACACAAGACUUGAGAAGUAUGGUAAUCUAUCCAGCGAUCAACUGGCCCUACUACAUUGUUUGGAAACUAUUGAUCCACGACUUCGUUAUUCUCAGAAUAAACAUUUUUUUUAUCUGAUCUGGGGCGAUCGAUGUUUCUUGGGGAGUUGGAAGUUUGACUCAUAUACGACAUCCUCAACUCAGCAUUGGAUAUCUGAGCUUACGAAGGCUUGGAAGACCUGGAAAGGAGCCUUGCAACGUUGGCUGGAAGUUGUGAGUUCAUACAUUCUUGUUGAAAACCUUGAUUAUUCUACUAAAGUUAACUGUUUUAAUUCAGUGGCACGUACCCUUUCUUUCCUUGUGUUUUCGCGAGUAAAUUAAAUUGAUCUGGCUAA